CUGCCGCCGCCGCUGCUGCCGCGUCCUCUCAGCUUUGCGCUCCGCCCGCUGUCUCUGUCGCCGCAGCCCGGCCCUGGAGUGCAGAGCCGGGGCACUGGCCCUGCAGCCUUCCUACCCUUCGGGCCGCAUUCCGCCUGCAGCCGGCAUGGGGGUCCUCUAAGAACGGGCACCCCUUCCCUCCGGCACCUCCCCCGGCCACUGGCCACUGGACUCCAGCCAGCGAGCCUCGGGCACUUCUGGCCCCCAGACCAACGCCUGGCACGGCCCUCCGCUCUGCCCUUUCGGCUUUAAGCAUCCUGUCCCCGCCCCCCCCGCCCGUGCCUGGGACACCUGGGUCCCCCGGCAGCCCCUAGGAGAGGGGCGGGGGGGGGGGGGAGGCAUGAAGCCACUGGAGAAAUUUCUGAAGAAACAGACGUCGCAGCUGGCGGGGCGAACCGUGGCGGGAGGUCCCGGCGGGGGUCAGGGCUGCUGCGGCGGGCCUGGAGGGGGUGGGGGACCUGGCGGGGGUGGCGGUCCAGCCGGGGGACCGCGGCCGCUGCAGCGGCGUCAGAGUGUGUCUCGCCUGCUGCUCCCAGCUUUCCUUCGGGAGCCCCCCGCUGAGCCGGGGCUGGAGCCGCCCCUCGAGGAGGAAGGGGGAGAGCCAGCGGGGGUCGCGGAGGAGCUCGGCAGCGGGGGACCCUGUUGGCUGCAGCUAGAGGAGGUGCCGGGGCCCGGGCCGCUCGGGGGCGGGGGGCCCCUGCGUUCCCCUUCCUCGUACUCCUCCGACGAGCUGUCCCCCGGCGAGCCCCUGACUUCCCCGCCUUGGGCUCCUCUGGGCGCCCCCGAGCGGCCGGAGCAUCUUCUGAACCGGGUUCUGGAGCGGCUGGCGGGAGGGGCCACCAGGGACAGCGCCGCCUCAGAUAUCUUGCUGGAUGAUAUCGUCCUCACCCAUUCUCUCUUCCUCCCCACGGAGAAAUUUCUGCAGGAGCUACACCAGUACUUUGUUUGGGCAGGAGGAAUGGAGGGCCCUGAGGGGCUGGGCCGGAAGCAGGCCUGUCUAGCCAUGCUCCUUCAUUUCUUGGACACCUACCAGGGACUGCUGCAGGAGGAAGAGGGGGCUGGCCGCAUCAUCAAGGAUCUGUAUCUGCUGAUUAUGAAGGAUGAGUCCCUUUACCAGGACCUCCGAGAUGACACACUGAGGCUGCACCAGCUUGUGGAAACAGUGGAGCUAAAGAUCCCAGAGGAGACCCAGCCACCCAGCAAGCAGGUGAAGCCACUCUUCCGCCACUUCCGUCGGAUAGACUCCUGUCUGCAGACCCGAGUGGCUUUCCGGGGCUCCGAUGAGAUCUUCUGCCGGGUCUACAUGCCUGACCACUCUUACGUGACCAUACGAAGCCGCCUCUCAGCGUCUGUGCAGGACAUUCUGGGCUCUGUGACGGAGAAACUGCAGUACUCAGAGGAGCCUGCGGGGCGUGAGGACUCCCUCAUCCUGGUAGCUGUGGCCUCCUCUGGAGAGAAGGUCCUUCUCCAACCGACUGAAGACUGUGUCUUCACCACGCUGGGCAUCAACAGCCACCUGUUUGCCUGCACCCGGGACAGCUAUGAGGCCCUGGUGCCUCUUCCGGAGGAAAUCCAGGUCUCCCCUGGAGACACAGAGAUUCACCGCGUGGAGCCAGAGGACGUUGCCAACCAUCUUACUGCCUUCCACUGGGAGCUGUUCCGAUGUGUGCACGAGCUGGAGUUCGUGGACUACGUGUUCCACGGGGAGCGCGGCCGCCGGGAGACGGCCAACCUGGAGCUGCUGCUGCAGCGUUGCAGCGAAGUCACCCACUGGGUGGCCACCGAGGUGCUGCUCUGCGAGGCCGCUGGCAAGCGUGCGCAGCUGCUCAAGAAGUUCAUCAAGAUUGCAGCCAUCUGCAAGCAGAACCAGGACCUGCUGUCCUUCUACGCCGUGGUCAUGGGGCUGGACAACGCCGCGGUCAGCCGCCUGCGGCUCACCUGGGAGAAGCUGCCAGGGAAAUUCAAGAACUUGUUCCGCAAACUUGAGAACCUGACAGACCCUUGCAGGAACCACAAAAGCUACCGAGAAGUGAUCUCCAAGAUGAAACCCCCUGUGAUUCCUUUUGUGCCUCUGAUCCUCAAAGACCUGACUUUCCUACAUGAGGGGAGUAAGACCCUUGUGGAUGGUUUGGUGAACAUUGAGAAGCUGCAUUCAGUGGCUGAAAAAGUGAGGACAGUCCGCAAAUACCGGAGCCGGCCCCUUUGCCUGGAUAUGGAGGCGUCGCCCCAUCACCUACAGACCAAGGCCUACGUACGCCAGUUCCAAGUCAUUGACAACCAGAACCUCCUCUUCGAGCUUUCCUACAAGCUGGAGGCGAAUAGUCAGUGAGAACAGAGGUUGUAGUCGGCCCCCACCAGGGUUCUCGGACACCUGGCACUCAAGCACUUUGCACGAUGUCCCACCCCACCUCUGACAUCUUUCCCCUGGAGCAACUUCCCGCCCCACAGGAAGGAGUUGGAUGGACUUUCCCUCUGGACGCAUAAGCCUGUUCAUCCUGCUGAAGUCUUCUCCCCAUUGCUCCUUCGAGCCCAAACCACACUCUGCUGCUUUCUGCCCUGGCAGGGGAAGGGGGCAGAGAGUUCCUUCCUCUGUCCCCUCCCAUCGAGGUCUGUUUCUGAGAUAGGAGUUUCCAACCUCCUCUUCCCAAACAGGAAGCAAAGCCCACCCCCCAUCUCGCAGAACGGAAAUGGGGGAGGGACUGGCCUUCUUUUCCACCACCUGUCCGUCUUCUUCCUCGUCAGUGCUGGAACCCCUGGACGUACCCCCCCCAUAUUAUAUUGCCCUCGUGUCUGUGUGCGUGCGUGCGUGUGCAUGGGUCGCUCUUUAAGGAGCAGGAGUGCAUCGGGUAAUUGAGGGAGGGUGUUGUGUGUGCUGGGGGUGGUCCUUCUGUUUGGUGCUACCCUAGUCGACUCUGCCCCUGGGUCGGUGCUUUCUGCACCCCCACCUCCCUGCUCAGUUCCUCAUGCUGCCCUGCAUCCCUAGGUUUGUGGGCAAAGCUGCUCAGGAGGACAGGGAGCAGAAGCAGGUGGGAGGGGUGACCCACCAGCCCUUGGCAGUCCCCCAGUCAGGCGUCCGAAGGUGCCUGGGUGGGCUCCAGUGAGAGGGUAAAAGAUGCUCAGGGAAACACAGGCCUAAGCUGCCUAUAGGGCCCUCCUUCUGUGUUACAGUGGGCUGGGGUGUGGCCGAAUCAGGAGUUGGGGCACCCGCUGCCCACACUCCUGCUUCUGGGGUGUCUCCCUGCUAAGAAGGGAGUUAUGGUCCCCCUUCUGGCUCUAUGUCUGACACCAAGAACAUGAUCUUUAUCCUUUCCCAGUCUUGACACCCCUUUGGUCCCCCUCAUCAGAGUUAGGGUGGGAUGGACCCCUGUAUCUGGGGCAGGUAGACCCCCAAAGUGGGGGGAGGGAAUGGCGGAGACUGUAAAGGAAGACUAGACUCUAGCGAUGCCUUCAUUACCUCUCUGUCUCCCCUCCCUCUCCCCGCAGGGCCUCUAGGGCUGAGGGGUUGCAGGGGCUCCUGGCAGCUACUGGGUGAGGUUUCCUGGCACAGCCUCACCCUCCUUUCUGGCACCACCUCUUUCCCUUUUGAAGAGGCAGCAGCAGCAGCAGCAGCAGCAAAAGCAGCUGUUACUCCUGCAUUGAGGGUGUAUAUAUUUUUUACCAAAAGCUCUGGAAUUGUAAAUUUAUUUUUUAAAACUCAAAGAGGGAAAGAGCCUUGUAUCAUAUGUAAACAAUGUAUCAUAGGUCAUGUUGUACAGUCCCUUUUAUACAGCGGCCUGGCUUGUUCCUCCCCACCCCCAGCCCCACAUACACAGACGCUGUGUCCCACCCCCUUCCAUCCCUUACAGACAGUGACCAAGGCCCCCCUCGUGCUCCCUGCCUCCUCCUUGCAACAGCAGGUGUGCCGUCCUCUCCCUGCAGCCCUGACCCCUCUCAGCAGCCUUCUCAUUCCAGCUCCCACGACCAUCCUGGACACUGGGGCCCACUGGUCCAGUCUUGGCUGCUGCCUGCCCAUGGCCUUGACACCUGCCCUGCUGCCUCCUUCCCAGGGGCCUCCCCGCCCCCUCCCUGUGCCCAUAGCUUUAACAGAGUGAACCGUGUGUACUGUACAGGCUCAGUUGUCAUUGCAGAAACUGCUGGGUGGAGAAAAAGCCGAUAAAGUCUAUGAAUC